UUCAUCCCUUAUCAGUCAGGGAGCUUGUCUUGAACUUGUAGGGCAGUUACUCUCUAGCGAGCCAAUCGAGCUGAAAAUGUUGUUAAUUUAGUCUCCAAUUGUCUUUCUAUCAGUUAAUAUUAUCUAGUCAUUAUAAAUUGAGUGAAAUUUUGAAUAGCAAUCCUGUGCAAUUUUAUCAUAUAACUUCGAUCAUCUGUGAUUUUGAUACUUAUUCCAUGUGACCUCGUUCACCUCGUAUCUAUUAUCAUUUUUUUCAGUGAAUCACGUCCCCGUCACGUAUCUUGCAUUUUAGCUACGUUCACUUUGUGUCAAAUCACACAAUUGAUGAAAAAUGACUGAGCCAAACACCCAAAUAUGUACGCCUGCUAGUACUUUGGAGUUCCUAGAAGAAAUAGGUAAACUGAAACACCUGAAAAGGACUGGAUGGGUGUUGAGAAAAGUCGAUGACCCAGAAACUGUUUCGGGACACAUGUAUAGAAUGGCUACCAUGACAUUUCUUAUAGAUGAUGCCAGUGAGCUGGACAAGAAUAAAUGUAUGCAGAUGGCAUUGAUUCAUGACAUGGCUGAAUGUAUUGUCGGUGACUUAACUCCCUACUGCGGUGUGUCACCAAGUGAAAAACAUCAAAGAGAAGAUGAUGCCAUGACAUUAUUGUCAAAACUAGUACCUCAGCCGCAAGGCCAAAACAUGCUCAACUUAUUCAAGGAAUAUGAAAGUCAGAUCUCCAAGGAAGCGAAAUUUGUAAAAGAGCUUGAUAGGCUAGAUAUGAUUCUGCAGGCGUUUGAAUAUGAGAAGAUGCAUAAAUCUCCUAAAAAGUAUGAAGAAUUUUUUGAUUCUACCCUGGACAAAAUCACGCAUCCUCUGCUUGUACCCAUCAAGGAAGAACUACUUCUUCAGCGGUCGAAAUUUCAAUGAAUUCUUGAAAGCCAAGAAUUCAUUGUGCGCUGAAGUGUAAUCUGUGCCUACUUUCAAACCCUUAUCAGAUCGAAGCUGUAAGAUUAUUUUCCUGCUUCGUAUUCCUUGAACAGAUGAAUCUAUUAAAUAAUAGCAUAGAGCAUUGAUACUGCUUCAAUUAAGAUCUUCAUUGAUAUAGCAGUCUUAAUUUCGAUACUACGCUUGUUGAAUUCCACUGAGUCUAUACAGCUGUACAUAGUUUGAAAAGUUUCCGAGUCAAUAUCCAUUAUCACUUAAGCUUGAGACUUCUCGUUUUAUAAUUUAAUUUCAGAUGAGCUUAAGUUGAUUGUUAGCAAGGGCUUCAUUUUGGAUGGCUCAACAAAAUUAAAUUUCAGAAAAAUUGCUGAGUAGUGUAGCAGACAAUAUAUACACACAAUGCACUUACAUAUAACACAGUGCAGCUAAGAAUCCAAGCAUCACAAAAAAUGACAUCUUUUGCUUUAACAACUUGUCAAAACCAUUUUGGAAACUUUCCUAACUAGAGCUGUCUUGUAUAUGUCAGUUGAAAGUAGGCACUAAUAAAAACGUGUAUGUACAUCAAAUUGUAAGUUAUAAUAUCGGUCAAGAUCGCUUGAAUUACCAAUUUUUUUUUUUUUUUUUUUUUUUGAAUUUUUUAAGAUGCAAUAUAAGCAAUCAUAUUUUUAUGAAUUUAAUGUACUAAAAACAUGUUGGACUCAUUCACCUACUCAUACAUCCAUUAUAAAUUUGAAACUCUGUUUAAUAUUUUCUAACAACUCGUGCUCAAGUUACUGCCAAAUGUGUACAAUUCGGUUAAACCUAUUUCAAACAAAAUCAUCAAAGACCUUAACAUGGGCGUCAGUUUAGUUAAAUUGAAGGGACAGGGGUGAAAUAAUGAAAGGAGGCAAAAUUUGCUUGAAAAUGGAGUGGCAAAAUUCAAGAAAUCUUCAGAAUACAGCAACAAAAUUUACCAAAAUGGGCCAUCCAUUAAUUAAGUCACGCUAUGAAGGGAGAACAGGGGGUCUUAGUCUGCAAGACAGAUGGUGGGAGGGAGGUUUGAUAUUGACUGACAUCCCUCAAAAAUCAAUAUGGAACACCAAUUUUUUGCAAAUUUUUUGAUAGUUCCAUCAGAGCAAUUGAAUUAGCGGAAAUCAGAAAUGAGACUUGUUAAGUUUUAAACAUCAACCGAUUUAAUUAUUUAAAUGCGUCUAAAAAUAAAAUAAUCGCCCUUCAGAAUACUGCCAUACAAUAUCAAUUGUUUACAUUAAAAUGGCAGAAAUGCGUGACAUGAUAGAGGAGAGAGGGCCUAAAAUUCUGAAUAUCAGUGACAAAAUUUGUGAACGGCCCCUUAGUGUAUGCGAUCAAAGUAGCGAUGUUCCUGCUGUGUAAACUUGAUGCCUUUAGCAAUGUCAUCUUAAUGGAUGCCACCUUUGCCACCAUUGCAUAAUAUUUUCGAGAUUCAUUAAUUCAAGAAGAUUAGUCAUUAUAAAUACUCAAAAUGACCAACGAUUUGAUGAAAAUGUUCAACUCAGACAGCUGAAAAUUGACCCCAAGUAGCCACGCACUAUGUAUCAGAUUUUCACGGCAGAAGUUGAUUGUAAGGAUGUUUUAUGUGAAACACUGAUGUUCCUUCGUUCUAAUCUUUAACUUCUAACAAUUUUGAAUUUUCUAAUUUUUUCUAUAUUUCCACAUCAUUCUAGGGCCAACCACACAUUUAAUGAAGUGUCCGGCUACUAAAUGGACCACAGCCCCAUUUAUUUCAAUUUUAAACUACAGAACUCACUAUUUUAAUUUUAGGAGCCGGCCCACAAGUCCUUUUGGGCAAUGUCUAAUUAGAAGUCUGGCAUCAGUCAAAACCGAAGUAAGAAUGAAAGAUUUAUCAGGAAAACUUUUUGUUGUUUUCACACCCGAAGAAAUUUCUACAUGAAGGUUGUCUUAAGAGUUGAAAACAGGUGAAAACUAUCCAAUAGUAUUUCAACUGUCCUAUUGUUAUUUUUUGUUUUCUUUUUCUAUCAAAUCGAAUUAAAUUUGAUUUUUUUUACCUCUACUUUCAAUGGUUCACUGUACCUAAGUUAUUUGGAUUUUAUUAGUUUUAAUGAAAUCAUUCAAUUUUGUUCCUGGAAUAUCUUUUAAGUAACAAAAUUUUUUGUAGCCACAUUUAGCUUUUAAAGCUUAUCUAAGUGCAUACUUUGAUUCUUACAAUCAAAAUAAAUUUUCCUUUAUUUUAAUUUUUAA